AUGUCGGAUAUAUCCAUUCCCGAGAAGCUUAACGCCGUAUACGUCUUUACUACCGAGGACCUCGGCUACGCUUGCGACCCCUUGAAGGAUCGUGACAGCCUUCGCGAGCAUCUUGACGGCCUCUGCUUGGCCGUCGACGAAAACGAUCGCUUUCUUCAACAUGAGCUCCAGGACGUAUUCCUGACGCCCCGCUACCAGAAGAUCGCCUCAUUCUUUGAUCGUGACCCGACCGUACUUGAAUGGUACUACGCAAUGUACGCGCUCACAGACUCCAAAGACGAACCGGUCAAUACGGUCGCGUCCGUCGUCUGCGGGAAGGAGAAGCCGAAAGGGCCGGUGAUCAUAGUGAAAGACGGUCCAGCGAGCAAAUGGGGCUCGUUCGGGACAGAUGUAGAUGUCGAUGAAGUCGCCAAGACUCUGUGGUACUACCACAAGAGCGGUACCUCCGUAGAAGCGGAAUUCGGCGAACGCACGCUGCUCCGGAUCCUAAGUGCCUGA